CCUAUUAUAAAUCGUUUUUCAGUUUAUAUAUUUUCUCUUCUUAAAUCUGUUCACAUUAGUGUUUAGUUUGGGUUCCUUCAAAAUCAGAGCCUGGACCAAGGAUGAAGUUUCAGGCAGGUUAUUUGAGAAGUGAUUCGAGGAAGCAGGGAGUGAAGGAGCUGGAAGGCUGAAACAGGGAAAGAGGACAAGCCCGUUUAAAGGUGCAGGACUCAUGAUGCAGCUAUAGGCCAAGGGAGCUCAGUUCUGUUGGGACCUCUCAGAAGCCUCUGAGCUGCCGCCCACAAUUGCCCUUGGGAAAGAAGGAAGCUGGAACACGCCUCCCCCAGAUCCUGCCCCUCCCUGGUAUAGGCUCGCAAAUUACAGAACUUAAUUUUCCCCUGCCCCUGAGAAAUACUAGCAGGCGAUAAGCGGUUUCUUCAGCGUUAAAGAAGACCUGAGGCAAAAAACAAAGAGAAACAUGGUGUAAACUCGAGGUGGGACAUUGGCAACAUAAGGUGAGUCUAAGCUUGCACAGAAUUAUCCACUGUGACUGCAGCUGGUAUCAGAAGAGGCAGAAGUGAUGUGACAUAGAACACCAAUGCUUACUCUUACCAAGUCUACUGGCUGUUCUGCACAUUGAGAUGUCUUCUUCUGAUUGCUGGGGCCUGCCUGUGGCCCUUCUUGCCCUGCUCUUCUGCCCAGGGUCUGCUGAGGUGUUCGAGGUAAAGAUGUGGCCAGAGCAGCUGAUGGUGGAGUUCGGAGGGUCCCAGGUGAUCAACUGCAGUACUAACUGUCCGCAGCCUGACAAGGGUGGUGUGGAGACCAACCUCAACAAGACUCUGCUGAACGAACAAACUCAGUGGAAGCAGUACAGGGUCUCUGAUGUCUCCCAGGACACGUUUGUGCUGUGCCACUUCACCUGCUCUGGGAAGCAGGAGUCAGUGCGCUCCGACAUCACUGUGUUUUACCCUCCGAAGGAAGUGCUGCUGAUGGUGCAGCCCACUUGGGUGACCGUGGGUGGAAUCUUCACGAUUAAGUGCAGGGUACCUGCUGUGGAGCCCAUUGAGAACUUCACCCUCACCCUGCUCCACGGCACGACGCCCCUGCACAGGCAGACCUUCGUGAGGGCAAUGGCUGCCCCGCAGGAAGCUGCAUUCACAUACAAUGACACAGCUCGCAGGGAACACGGCCACCACAACUUCUCCUGCCAGGCCGAGCUGGACCUGCGGUCUGAUGGCGGGGACAUCAUUGUCAAAGCAUCAAAGCCCCAGAGCAUCAAGAUCUAUGAUCCCAAGCCGGACAAGCAGAUGGUCAUCAUCAUGGCGGUUGUGUCAGUGCUGCUGUUUUUGUUUGUGACAUCCAUCCUGCUGUGCUUUGUCUUCGGCCAGCAGUGGCACCAGAGGCGAAGAGGCAGCUACGGGGUGCAAGCAGCUUGGAGGAGGCUGAGACGGGCCUACCGGGCAUAGCCUACGCAAGGGGCACGGCCGCCACCGCCCCAGCUACUGGGACUCGUUGUGGCUCCUUAGGGUGUGGUCCAGCCCCAGACAAGCAGCAGAGGAUUUGGGGGACAUUUCCUUUUCUAGUUUGAAUACAAGUGCCCGGACUUAACCCUGUGCCUCAAUGUCUCCUCCUGGGAGAAUAUCCAACGUCCAGGAAGGUCACUCACAAGAUCCAGACUUCUGUUCCCAGAUGUCUGCUCAGGGUCCCUCCACCCUCUUCUUCACAGGGGCCUUCCUGGCCGGCCCAGGCCCUGGCGCACCCCCAUACGGACCAGUCCAGGCACCAGACACCCAACCCCGUCGGUCGCCGAGGAACAAAUUCCACCUGAGGGAGAGCUGGAACGAUGCGCCCUGGCCUGGUGGGGCCGAGACGCUCUUUUCCUGCGUGGCCCUCCAGGAACUCAGGCCACUCCCAGUUGGACCAGAACAUGGCCAACAGGAAGCUGGGGUGAGGGUGGGGGCCCCAAAGGAAACGGCUCUGCUCUAGGACCCUCCCAGCCAGGACUCUCCCACAUGUCACAUGGCCUUUAGAGAGCUGUGGACAACAAAAGCAGUCUUCUCUUCUCACCUCCUGCUCCAUUAUUAGGCCAGACAGAGAGGCUGUGGCCCUGGCCUUCUGGGGUGGAGGGGGAUGGAGGGUUAGGGGGAGCUCUGGUUCCCAGCCGCCCCCUAACUCGCGCAGGAAACUGUAGAGCAGCGCUGGGUUUUCAUGUGGCCCCUGGGCCUUGAACGGUGCUCCAAUGAGCUCUAACUCCAGAGACGAGAUCAGGCUGGUUCAGGAUCUUAGUGGGAUGGAGAGGAGGAUAAUUCAGCUGGGAGGGGAUGCCCCGGUUGGGGUUGAGGCUGGAGAAGGGCUGCCAGGCGUGGCUUCAAGCACUAGAGGGGGCACUUGGGUAUCCAGGGUUGUUGCCGCUGGUGCAGGUGCCGGGGCCAGUGUCCGUCUUCAUAGCAGGCUUUCAGCAUCAUAGUAAUCUGGGGGCAGGAGGGAGGACAGCACCCUUAUCUUGACUCCCUCCUGCCUCUGUGGACCCCAAGGAGGGAAAGGGAAGGGGACAGGCCAGUUGCCUGCAGCAGUGACACUAGUAGUCCCCUCUCAGAGGAAUAUGACCCUCCCGUCCUGAGCAAUCCUUAGGCCUGGACCCCACUGCCGACCCACCCUGCCCCUACCUGAAGCCGGGGGCACAUCUGCACCCACAGUCCCCGUGGCACUGGGGGGUGGAGGUGGGGGCACAGCUCUCCUAAGAUGAGGAUAAAAAAACACCCGCAUCAGAAGUGGCUCUGGGGUUUCAUCAACAAGGAUCUCAGCCCCAGCCCCAAGACAGCUCUCCCAGCCCAACCAAGGCGGAGCCCCAG